AUGGAAAACCCCCAGCUUGCGGAGAACGACAUGCUCGUCGAUGAGUAUGAGCAUUCCCCCAAUGAAAGCCGAACAGAUGUUGUCGUCGUCUCUCGAUCUGGCUCCGAUGAGCCCGACCCUGCACCCUCCGCUACUGACCAUGCGGCGAUGAUGGCACGAGUGCUUCCUAAAAACCCGGACUUCGAGACCGAAGAAGAGACUUAUAACACAUGGCAUAUCAAGGAUUGGAGGAAGCUGGACCGAAAGCUGCAUGGUCCGACCUUUAAGUGUGGCGGGUCUCCUUGGCGAAUCCUCUUCUUCCCGUACGGUAACCAUUCUGAGCAUGCCUCGUUCUAUCUCGAACAUGCCUGGGACGGUGAACCCCCAGAGAACUGGUAUGCUUGCGUGCAGUUCUCCCUGGUCUUGUCAAACGUGAAGGACCCAUCAAUCUACGUAUCUCAUGUUGCAACGCACAGAUUCACCGCAGAUGAAGGUGAUUGGGGAUUCACUCGAUUUUACGACCUCCGAACCCUGUUCAAUGAGUCGUGGGAGGGCAAAGGUGUGCCGCUAGUGCAGGACGAAGAGGCUAUCAUCACGGCCUAUGUGCGUGUUGUCAAGGAUCCCACUGGUGUUCUCUGGCACAGCUUCCAGAACUACGAUUCAAAGAAAGAGACCGGCAUGGUUGGACUGCGAAACCAGGGCGCCACCUGCUAUUUGAACUCUCUUUUGCAGUCACUCUAUUUCACAAAUGCGUUCCGCAAGGCUGUAUACCAAAUUCCCACUGAUGAGGAGGCGAGUCGCGAAAACAGUGCAUGGACUCUUCAAAGAUUAUUUUACAACCUACAGACCAAUGACACUGCUGUCUCUACAAAUGAGCUUACUGUCUCUUUUGGCUGGGAUUCUCGGCAGGCCUUUGAGCAGCAGGAUGUUCAGGAGCUCUCACGUAAGCUCAUGGAGCGUCUAGAAGAGAGGAUGAAGGGCACAGUUGCAGAGAAGGCCUUACCUGACCUGUUUGUGGGCAAGACCAAGACCUACAUUUCAUGUAUCAACGUGGAUUAUGAGUCUUCCCGUGUCGAGGAUUUCUGGGACAUUCAACUCAAUGUUCGUGGUAACAAGACCUUGGAUGACAGUUUCCGUGAUUAUAUCCAAGUGGAGACUCUGGAGGGUGAAAACAAGUAUGAUGCAGGCUCUCCAUAUGGGUUGCAGGAUGCCAGGAAGGGUGUGAUCUUUGAAAGUUUCCCACCUGUUUUGCAUCUCCACCUCAAGCGAUUUGAGUAUGACUUGAACCUCCUCACGAUGAUGAAGGUGAACGACCGACAUGUUUUCCCCUUGGAAUUUAACGCCGCCCCUUACCUCUCUGAAAAUGCCGACAAAUCCGAGCCCUGGGUCUAUGAGCUGCAUGGUGUCUUAGUACACAGCGGUGGCUUGGAUGCCGGUCACUACUACGCAUUCUUGAAACCAACCAAGGAUGGACACUGGUACCGCUUUGAUGAUGAUCGAGUGAACAGGGCCACCGAGAAGGAGGUCUUGGAGGAGAACUACGGCGGUGAGUAUGAAUUGGCGAACGGUGCCGCUGGUGUUCGACAGCCAUACACCAGGACAUUGUCAACCAAGCGCUCAAUGAACGCGUACAUGCUGGUUUACGUCCGAAAGACGCGCGUAGACGAUGUUUUGCACACGAUCACCAAAGAGGAUGUACCAGAUCAUAUAGAGAGCCGCUUGGCCGAAGACCGCGCCGAGGCUCUUCGUCGCAAAAAGGAGAGGGAAGAAGCUCACUUGUAUAUGAACAUUGGUGUUUUGGCCGAAAAGUCCUUCCAACAUCACCAUGGUUUCGAUCUGACCAGCCAGGACCUUCCCAACGAAGAUCCUGCCCUACCUACACAGUACCGCGUUCUCCGAUCUAAGAAAGUGGGCGAGUUUGCGAAGGAGAUGGCAGAUGAGCGAGGUCUGGAUGUUGCUAGCAUUCGUUUCUGGGUGAUGGUCAAUCGUCAGAACAAGACUACCCGACCCGAUCAGAUCAUCACUGAUUCCGAAAUGACCGUUGAAGAGGCCUACACCAAAUAUGGUACCAAGGGCAACUUCUUCCGCCUUUGGAUGGAGGUUUCCCCCGAUGGUCAAGCUUGGCCGGAGGGCAACGAGUCCGCUUUGAUCUUUUUGAAGAAUUUCGACGUUGUCUCUCAGACAUUGACUGGUGUUGGUUCGGUGUAUAUUCGUAAGAACCAGAAAGUUGGUGACCUGGGAUCGAUCAUUCUCUCAAAGAUGAAUUGGCCCGCGGGAACCGAGUUUUUGCUUUAUGAAGAGAUCAAACAUAACAUGAUUGAUGUUAUGAAACCCAAGCAGACUUUCCAGCAGUCCGAGAUACAAGACGGUGAUAUUAUCACCUUCCAACGUACAACAAAGGACUCAGAGCGGCCACAGACGGCCUUGUACACCGACGCUAGGGAAUUCUACGAUCAUCUUUUGAACCGAAUGGAUGUGACAUUUGCUCCAAUCAAGACCUCUGAUGACGCUGAAGAGUUCACACUUACACUCAGUCGCAAGAUGACCUACGACCAGUUCUCGAAGAAGGUGGGCGAGCAUCUGAAUGUGGAACCAACCCAUCUCCGAUUCGCUCCUGUUAUGGCCAGCACUGGCAAAGCCAAGCCGUUCCUCAAGCGGUCCAACACUUCAACACUCGCACAGAUUCUCAAUGGGCAAUACGGUGCUUAUGGAUACACCAUGCAUCGUUCGGACGCCUUAUACUAUGAAGUACUGGAUAUGAGUCUCAGCGACUACGAGAGUAAAAAGUGUUUCAAGGUCACCUUGCUUACUGAAGGCAUCACCAAAGAAGAAACAGUCGAGGUUCUGGUUGCUCGGAAUGGAACCGUUGCUGAGCUUCUCUCUGCUCUGCAACAAAAGGCGAAAUUGGAUGACGAGGCAAUCCAGAACAUCAGGCUCUUUGAGGUACACGGCGGCAAACUUUCCAAGGAGCUUCGUGAGGACUUCAACGUUUCCGCCAUAAACGAAUACUCUUCGCUCUACGCGGAACGUAUUCCAGCCGAGGAGCUGAAAAUGGAAGGUGAUGACCGACUAAUCAGCGCCUUCAACUUUGAUCGGGAGCCUAACCGCCCUCAUGGCGUCCCAUUCAAAUUUGUCGUCAAGCCGGGCGAAAUCUUUAAGGAGACCAAAGAGCGUCUUUCAAAGCGAACAUCCAUCAAGGGCAAGCCCUUUGAGAAAAUCAAGUUUGCCAUUGUGCCACGGAACGCCUUCCCAAGCGCAAAGUAUAUUGAAGAUGAUGACAUCUUAUCCGACGUUGCAGGUCCAGAGGAUCUUCUUGGUCUGGACCAUGCUAGCAAGAGCCGGGGAUUCUGGGGCAAGAGCGAGAGUUUCUUCAUUCGAUAA